AGCUGUAAAAUCGGCUCAAGACGAUGUCCCGCGCCCCACCAGAGGGAGCUGGCGUGACUUUGCUUCGGCGCAAGGUCACCACGCAUGAGCUGGAGAAGGCUGAUCUGAUCCUGGACGGCGUGAAAAGCCGGGAGCGCGCCCACGAAGAGGCGGUCACCCACAAGAGCUCCAAGCGCUUGGCGCGGCCCCAGAGCCACACCUCGCUGCCGGUUUCGCCGCUGACUACUUGCUCUGCCGCCACCCUGCUGCAGCGCCCUGCCGAGCCGAGCUUCCCUAGGCGUCGGUGGACCAUUGACCUCAGUCAGGAUGCCCAGGAGGACGUGCUGUCGCCCAAGUGGGCCAAGGCGGUGGUCCGGCGCGCCAGCAAUCGCCUGGUGAUGGAAGAUAUGGAGGACUGCGACAGGUCCUUUGUGGAGAUGUGCGGUAGGCUUCAAAGCCUCAUAGACCAAACCGUCAUGCGCACACUCAAGUUCUUCACCCGGAUUCGUGACUGCCACAAGGAGCGGCCUACCAUGCUGAUGGAGCCCCAGAACUUCGAGCGGCUGACCUCAGUGAGCUUCAUGGUGUCCACGGUGAACUACCGGCUGUCCAAAUGGCUUCACCAGCUGGAGCCCCAUCAGUACAUGAAGCCGGCGAAGCCGGUGGAGUCUGCGGCGGCGGAGCGCAGGGUGGAGGAGCUGCUGCGGGACGUGCAGUUCGCGCUGAGCCGCAUGGAGGUUCUAGCCUCUGACCUGGUGCCGAAGCUGCGCAAGAUCAUCUCGGAUGCCCGCGCCACACACGCGAACCCCCGGUUCCUGCGGCUGCUGGGCCCCUGCGAGGAACCGCUGAGCCCGGGCUGCGGGGACCCGGUGCGCAUGGCGCAGCGACGGGGCAUCCGAGACGUGCACGAGAUGGAAGGAGUGGUGAGCCACCUGGAGCGCCUCCUGGAGGUCUCCCACGCCCUGGCGUUCAAGCCGGUGCCAUCGCAAAUCCGGGUCUCGGCCACCAUACUGCUGGCUGCGCAACGCUUUAAAAAGCUCCUGAAACAGAGGAGGGCUCGAAAGUAAUUCGACAUGAAGUGCCUGGCUAGUCAGUCGUGAUGCUGCAACAAACGCCCCA